AGUUGGGUACUGUCAUGUCCCAACAUGUCUGGCUGACUGACUGGUCCACCUUUACCCCAGAAUUGAGAAAUCUAAAGUGCGAAAAGGAAAGAAAGGGGAGAUAAAGCAGCAGAGAGAGUUUUGCAUAUAACUGCCACGCCUGUUUUAGCCAUUCCAGAGAGAGAGAGAGAGUGGGGUGGAGAAGGGAAGAUAGCCUUUUUCUUUCCCUUUGGUCAUCUGUCCCCAGCGAUCUGAUUCCACUUCUCUUUCUCUAUCUCCUUCUCAUUUAUCUUUGCUUCGUUGGGACUAUUCACUGAUAUUUUUUGUGAAAUGAGAAUCUUUUUGACAAAGAAGAAGCAAAAGCAGACAUCCUAAUGGCGGAAUGCUCCUAUCUCAGUUUCCCUGCCUCACGGGAUGGGGCAGUGAAAACCUAGCAAGUUGCUAUUCUUAUGAUGCAGCAUCAGAUUUGAUGUGAUCAUCUUCUGAUUUUGUCAAGGACAUCAUGCGGAUGCAAGGAGAUUUUGAUCUGAAUUCAGUCCAAAUAUAUCCUGAUUCACUCAGAGAAGCUUUGAAGAAGACUAUGCUCAGCCAGGAGGUUAUAUUUCGAAAGCAGGUUGAGGAACUCCAUCGAUUAUAUAUGACACAGAAGACACUGAUGGACAAUAUUGCCUGGAUAGAGUUUGAUAGAUACAAUUUGAGGAAAGCAAGCACCCAAUCAAGUCUGUUAUGUUCUGCAAAUUUGGCAAGAUAUGAAGCACACAUGAAAGAAACAGCAAUUUCCUCAAUUCCCAUGGCGGACCCAAAACAAUCUACAAGCCACAUGUCAUUAGAAGGGCACCAGGGUGUCUACUAUAAUCUUUGGCAGGGGCCUCAAGAUCUUCAACUUCCUUCUGAUCAGUACUUUAGCAAUGUUGAUCCAGAGUUGAAGCUUUCCCUGAGCUCUGCCGAGGGAAAUUGGAGAGAGAGGAGUGCUAAGAGAAAUUGGUUUGAUAAAAAAGUUCCACCCUGCCCCCACAACAUUAUUGACUUAGAAGAGUCAAUUUUGAGGGUAUCAAAUGAGAGUGAACAACAUGCACCUUCUUUCAGCCAUGCCGCUCUGACAACUCAUUCUGGAGGUGAGCGUGAGACAGGAUUUUCUAUACUUUCUGAUCCAGUCAUCUCAUGUACUGUGAAGAAAGAUUUACCGGACAAGAUUGCACACAUUUGCCCUCUUCUAGAUGACCACAAGUGCUGUCAAGAGAAGAAUUAUUUAAAGAAAGAACUUAAAGACUUCCAUUUUGGUACCCCAAGUAACAAUCUUUCCACCAAGAUGCGACAGCCAAGUUUAUUUAAAGCAGCACAUUUGGACCUUAACAAAGUUCAACUUGAUGACUCAUCUUGUUGCUCAAAUGAUCUUUUGGUGGCCCAUCCUUCAACAGCCAGUUCAGCACAUGUUUUCAUUGAGCUAUUCGGCAGGGUUCAGGAGGACAAUUGUGCAUCCAUGACUUGGAUAAAAGAAAAUGAAAACUGCUCAAAUGAAGCCUCUGACAUACUUCACCAAGAUGAUGCAGUGAAUUCUUUGAUAGAUUCCAACAGCAAAAGCAAGAUAACAGAAAUAUGGGCUAGUACUUCAAAGUUUAAUGGAUUGUGUGGAAGUGAAGUUGGCCUUUGUGAAGACCUUGGCGGACACGGUAGUGAGCCCAAUAAUGGCAAUGUUGGGUUUCUACUGGAACCUUCAAAAAAUCUUUUACAUGAUCCAAAUGGUAUGUGUAUAGCUAGUGGACAGAUGAACUUUGAGAAGAGCGAAGAAGAUAUUAUUAUACUUGCAAGUUCUUCUCAAAGUCAAAGUACAGUCCAAGGUGGACGUGGCAAUGUAUCUCCUGCUUCAUGCAAGUCCCAGAGCAAUGUUGAUAAUGAUUCCAGCAGUGUGAAGACAAUGCAAUCUGGCAUUGAAAUAGGUAGUUCAAACCUCUCUCCUUUUGAUCAGUUUUCUGGAAACCAUGUAGGGUGUCAAGUUGCAGAAACCUUGUCGGGCAAUCAGGACCAAAGAUCUUUCGACAGCAGUGAAUCAAAACAUGAAUGCCAUAACAAAGAAGAAUCAUCUGAAGCAGAUGCAUUGAUCCAUUGGGCUGCUGAAUCACUUGUCCAUUUCUCCUUGGAGAUCGCAUCUGGUAAUCAAGAUUGUUCUGCCAAAGCAGAACUAACUGAGAUGAAAAAUGAGGGGAGGGAUCAGCCCCAGUGUUCUUCCGACUCUUUUGAGUUAAUUGCUCUCAAUCUAAAAGAAUGCAAUGUAGAUGAGUAUUCUGUAUCAUCAAAGCCAUUUGAAGUGAAUGACAUGGAGACAACAGAUUUUUCUUCCAAGUUAAGAAGGGGUAGGAGAUUGAAAGAUUUUCAGAAGGACAUACUUCCCGGUCUUGCAUCUCUUUCCAGACAGGAAAUUCGUGAGGAUAUAAACAUUCUGGAGGGAGUUCUAAGAUCUAGAGAGUACCGGAAGAUCAGAGCAAGGAUGGCUGAUGGACAGAGCUGGUGUGCACCCGUGAGAAGCAGACGGUCAAGACUCAAUUAUGUUCGAAGGAAAAAAAUUUAGCAAAAUGUUGUUCUAUGUUGGGAGUGUGAUUAUAUCAAACUUCUUUUUAAAAUAGGAGUGGAUUUUUUAACA